AGCUCUAUACCGAGGGGACAUUUACAGUAAACGAAAGUCAAGUAUGACAGAGGAUAUCGAAACCAAAGCUUUCUAGAUUUUUGAAUGUUGAUUAGAUAUAUUGUCUAUAUUAUUUUAAAUGCAUAGUGCCACUUUUUCCCCCUUACCAUUCAUUGUCACACAACCGCACUUGGUUCUUUAUAGAUGCAAAACAUCUGCACAAUCCGACUAUUUAGAUGAUCAGAAUACUUGUCUGUGUUUUGAAAAAGUUUUGGCAGUAAAAAUGUGUAUCUUGUAAGCCCUUAUAUUCUUUUUUAAAUACCUAUUCUGUGUUGUACUUCAGAGUCUAUACUUUUCUUUUAUAAAAAAGGAGCAAUAAUCUUGCAUGAAUGUGAUGAGAAGUGAACUGUUUGGACCUACGUAUUAGAGACAACCAGGAAGUAAGAAGAGUGGUGAAUUUGCCUGUGUGUAGAGCUCCUUGCAUACCGGUUGUGAAAGUGGGUGAGACAACGCACCACAAACACUGUCUGGCAACAUGUCUCGACCUAAUGGUACUGGGCAGAGUAAGAAAGAUUGGGACCUGUCUGGUAGAAAACUGAAGUCCGUCCCUCCGAUUCUCCUGGAGCAUGCUGACGAGGUCAGAAGGUUGGACCUCCAAAGGAACAAACUGAGACAGCUCAAUUGGAUCUCCAACCUGGUAAACCUGAGAGACCUCAACCUCUCCAAGAAUGAGCUGAUGGACUUUCCCCUGGAGUUUAGAUCUUUGAAACUUCUGGAGCGGCUCUACAUGAACCAGAAUAACAUCAAGGUCAUCCCUGAAGAUGUCUUCCCUCAUCUGGGGAAGCUACAGUUCCUCAAGCUCAGCACCAACCGUCUGGCCAAACUCCCAGUGGACCUGAGUCAAUGUCACAGCCUCACCUACCUCAACCUGUCCAAUAACUGCCUGAAGGACAUCCAGGCAGUGGUGGGGCUACCUAAACUCAAGGAGCUGUUUGUAGAUCGGAAUAGCCUGACUGAACUUCCAGCCCAGCUGUUCCAGGAGGGGAACUCGGAGCUGACCCUGUUCAAGGCCACAGGGAACCCGCUGAGGACCCCCCCAGAGGAGGUGUGUGACGGAGGAGUGAGAGACAUUCAGAGCUACUUUGCCAUGAUGGAGGAGGAAGGCCCUGACACGCACACCACAGCCUGGACAGUCAAGACCAUGUUCCUGGGUUCCUCCAUGGCUGGAAAGUCCACGCUGUGUCGUAGUAUGACAGGGGAGGCUGUGAGGGUAGAUGAGGAGGACAGAACGGAGGGGAUAGAGAUCAGUGAGAUGGAUAUGGAGGGGAUCCGGUUCCUAUUCUGGGACUUCGCAGGGCAGGAAGAAUACUACCUGACGCAUCACGUCUUCAUCACCCCCAGAGCCCUCGUUAUCCUCGCUGUUGAUUUGGCCAGCUACAACAUGGAAGACCCCCAGUCUUUCAAAGAGAAGGUGUGUUUCUGGAUCAAUAACAUCCAGCUUCGCGUCCCUGCCUCUGUGGUCUUACUGGUGGGAACUCAUUGUGACCAGUGUCAAGACCAAGAUGAGGUGAGGGAGAAGAAGAGACACAUCGAGGAGAAUGUUCGAGUCAUGCUCAAAGAAAGGAAGGAGGUUUUACAACUACAGCAGAAGAACCUGAAGGGCAAUAUAGACCCCUCUCUGUUUUCUGAACAGAUGAGCGAACUUGACCGGCUUAUGGAGUAUCAUUUACAGGUCCUGGAACUUGUACCUAUUGACUGCACUAUGCAUGAGGACAUUGUCAAGCUCAAGGAGCACAUUGUGAGGCAUAUCUUAACAAAGGACACAUUCCCAUGUGCUGAAAGGACCCUGCCCAAAAGCUACAAAGAAGUUGAGUUAGUCAUUCAUGACCUAGUGAAACAAAACCAAAUACCUCAACACGGAAUAGUUUCUUUCGAUGACCUUCUGAGUGACCUCAUUCGGCACCUUGAGUUGGGCGAGGAGAACGUCCACUCCAUCCUACGCUAUCUCCAUCGUAUCGGCAUCAUCGUGUGGUACGAGGAGAUCCCUGCUCUGAAGGAUAGGGUGUUCAUUCAGCCAUCUUUUCUCAUCUCACUCUUCAAGACCAUCGUGAGGCACGACCUGGUCAAGCAGAUGGAAGCCAUCCCCAGAGACGAGCUGCGGAAGGAGGGCAACCUAUUGGUCCACCGGGGCACGUGGGUGGAUGACUUCAAGGAGAAGGGCACCCUGCACAACGCGGCCACACGGAUCCUGGUACGCAGAGAACUGAGGCGGCUGCGAAUGGACGAUGAAGACCUGGUGGAGGAGGUGGUGGGAAGUAGGACUAAGGAGGGGGCGCUACUUAGCCUCCUGCAGCACUUUGAGGUCUGUCUCCCGGCUAAGGUGGGUAGUCCCCUGAACCCGUCGGCCCCGGAGUUCAAACCCGGGGAGAAGCAGUGGAAGUCAUCCAACUUGGCCAUGGGUCAUCUGGAUGGAGCAUGUCUCUUCCCCAGCUACCUGCAGGACAAUCAAAUGGUGGUGCAGAUGUGGGGAGAAGACAAGCUGGAUGAUAUAAAUGUCUGUGUUUACUUUCUACCUGAGAUCCCUCAUGGCUUCUUCCACAGGCUGAUCAUCAAGACGUGCUCCCUCUACCCGACUCACUGGAUAGGGAAGGACCACUGCCUGCUCAGCUCUGGAGACAAACUGGUGCUGAUGAGAGAGAACAAUAAAGAUGGAGACAAUAAAGAUGGAGAUCAACACAUACAGAUUCGCUGCAAGAGACCUGAGACCAGCGAAGAGUUCCGUCGUUCUUGGGAUCUCUUCCUGUCGGUGAUGACAAAGCUAGUGGAGCUGUCUAGACAGUGGCCUGGCCUAUCCCAACAUGUCCACACCCCUUGUAAGGAGAAAGGUUGCACAGCCUACUUCGUCUGGAGAGACUGGCAGGACCUCCCAAUCUCAGACAUAUAUGUCCUUGUGCAGGAGGACAAACAACUCUGCCGAAACGGACACACGCGACGGACCGAGUUGCUUUUCCCAAAAGAUCCUGUUGUCAACAAAUCUAAAGGACAAUGACCAGAACCAAGAAAGCAGAACUUCAUCGGAGGGAGAUGUUUUCUCUUUCAGUGAUGUCUCCAAGUUAACUAUCUUACAAUCAAAUAUAUUUUCCUUAUUUGCAAUAUCAAAAUCUUCACUCCUUACAGUUUGGGUUUAGGCUUGAGGUAUCAUUUAUAAAUAAAAGUUUACAGAUGGAGCAACCAUAUUCAUGUUUCUCUCUCAAUAUUAUGAAAAUAUUACUUUUCAUAUCCUACCACAGGGCAGCGCUCAUGAUCCAUUCUGAUAAAAAAAAUACUGAUGUACACCUACACAAAGCUGUUCAUUGCAGUCCAGAUAUACACUUUUUGAUGCCUUACCCUGACACCAAAUAAAUAAUAUCAAGUCCCUGACAUGACAGAAUCCUUUUUUUAAUUUGUAAUGUAUUUAAUUAAUUUAUGCAAUACUUAAUUCCAGAUGUAGAAUGUAAUGGGUUACUUGAUAUCAAAUUCAUAAAUUCAGAGUGCUGAACGUUUCUAUGAGGAUUAUACAACUCAACCGUUUGUCUUCCAUUAAUUAAACUGAAUUGAAAUGGAGUUGACCCAAACCCCUGGCUAUAAUGUUUUUAUACUGAAGGAAUUCUCUGUAUGUUCUAUCGUGGGGGAAUGGUGCACCUAACUGAAUUAAAGUGCCUUCAGAAGCUA